ACGGGUCGCUCUCAGGAACUCAGUGAGUUCUAUCGUAGUACCGUGAUAGGUUGCCACCUGUGUAAUAAGUCCAUCAGUGAAAUUUCCUUGCUACUAAAUAUUUUGCAGUCAACUGUUAGUGGUAUUAUAACAAAGUGGAAAAAACUGGGAACAACAGCAACACAUGCUGAAGCGCACAGUACACAGACGUCGCCAACUGUCUGCAGAGUCAAUAGCUAAAGGCCUCCAAACUUCGUGUGGCUCUCAGAUUAACAGAACAACAGUGCGUACAGAGCUUCAUG